AUGAGGAAUGCCAUCAUCAAAGACAAGGCCGACAAGGAGCGCCAGCGAUUCAUCGAUUUCAUCGAUACUGACGCCAUUUGCCGCCUUGCAUCGUCAUACCACGCAGGCCUUCCUUGCAAGACGUUCGGGUCCCCGAAACAUGGCUCCUUUAACGUCUGCGUCUUUGUCGAGUUUGAUACAUCCCCCCCGGAGAGAUGGGCUGUCCGAAUUCCCCUCCCGGCACGCGCCGCCUGGAUUGACGAGAAGAUUGAGACUGAGCUGGCUACUAUGAGAUAUGUCACUGCUAAAACCACCAUUCCCGUGCCCCGCGUGCACGCCUACUCCUUCACUGAAGGCAGUCCAAUCCAGACGGCCUUCAUCAUCAUGGACUACAUUCAAGGGCAGACUCUCAAGGACCUUGGCUUCAAGAAGGGGAAGCAGUGGCGUAGCUACACCCGCCCAACUGAGGCAACAAGUAAGCUUCACGAGCAGCUUGCCGACGUCUAUAUCCAGCUCCGUCAGCUCGAAUUCCCCAAAAUUGGCGCCCUUGGCCUCCCCGUCGUGGAUGGGAAGCCGUCGUACGCGUGCGACCCUGACGAUAUCCGCGUGUGCCAUCGGCCUAUGUCGAUUGAGAUUACGAUGCAGGAGCUCGAGGGAAUGGAUCCCGGCGCCAGGAUCAAGCCGAGGACCACCUUCUCGACAGCCAGGAGCUUCGUAGACGCUCUGUUCUGGCUGGCCGAGAACGAAUUCGACAAAUCCCCCGACAUAGGACUCGACACCCGUGGGGGACGGAAUACCCUCUACGCCAGACACCACUUCCGCCUUUUUGUCCUUGAUACUUGGCUCGACUCCGCCGCUGACAAGGGACCCUUUGUCCUGAUUUGGGACAUGAACAUGCUGAUGAGUAACUUGCUCUUUGAUGAGGAGCUCACCCUCGUUGGCGUCCUGGACUGGGAAUGGAGCUGGGUUAUUCCGGCACAGAUGCUGGUCCCGCCCGUCUGGCUGACCGGCGGCAGCCCCGAAUGGAUGCUCCUCAACAAAAGUUCAUUCUACACUGAGGUCGGCCGCCUUGUCGCCACCAUCAGAAACCGCGAGCAAGCCCUCCAGGUCCCGCCACGACUCUCCCGAGAAUGGGCCAAGAUGGGGACGUGGUGCCACACGGCCGUAGUGAUAGCCCUGCUGAGCCCAGACCUGACGCACGACGUCUACUGGCAUUUCUUGUUCGAUGAAAUCGAAGAGGCGAUGCCGCCGGAUUCCGACUUUAGGGAGUUCUACUUGACGCCCAUCGCCCCGCGUCUGACAGCCUUCAUCGAACCACCCGAGCGGAAGGCUCUGCUCGCCCGCAAGGAGGAGGAGCAGAGGCGCUUCUUUGAGGACGAGAAGGAACACUUUAAUAACCCAUACGCACGACAGAUAAUAGAAGAAGGUUGCUAG